AUGGAGGAAACGGAAGACGAAUCCCCCAACAGCCAAGACUGUCUGGCCUGCGACAAGACGUGCAGAAAGGCCAGUCGUCGCGACUUUCCCUGCGGUUGCCCUCCAUACUGCCACGCCUGCGCCGCGGCCUACAUUCGCUCGUGCCUGAGCAACAAGCCCUUCACGAGGCCCACCUGCCCAGGCAUCUGCGGAAUCAUGCAUCCCUUCCCCGACGCCUGGCCUCGCCAGCUGCUCCGUUCCAAGGAGACUAUCCAGUACUUCGAUCUCGUGGCCGAGGCCGAUGAGGCCGAGAGCGGUGCGGCGCUGUACUGCCACGUCCGCGCCUGCGGCCGCUACAUUCCCGUCCGCAACCGCCAGAAGCGCGGCGUCGGUCUCGGCGUCUGCAACUGCGGCGAGCGCACCUGUGCGGGAUGCCAUGACAAGGUCCACGAAGGCGAGACCUGUGACGAGAUGCGGGCUCGAUGGGAGGCCGAGGGUGUGCUCAAGGAGGAGCUCGAGCGGAAGAGUCGCCGUACCAUGGAGCAGUUGAGCUGCAAGCAGUGUCCCAAGUGUAAGAUUGUCAUUGAGAAAAUCGAUGGCUGUGACGCGAUUCGCUGCGAGUCUUGCGGUCACAUUUUCUGCUGGAGCAAGACUCCAAUGAUUGGCGAUACCGAGUAG